AUGGCCUCUGCCAUUGCAAGAAUGGAAACUAGUGCCGGUGGUUGGAGCCCAAUCAAGGACAUCAACGAUCCACACGUGAUUGUUAUCGCCAAUUUUGCUGUUACCGAGUACAACAAGCAUACUGGGGCAAACUUGAAACUUGAUAAACUCAUCAAGGGUGAAUCUCAGGUUACCUCAGGGAUCUACUACGACCUCAUCCUUUCCGCAGGUGACGGUUCACAUUCUAACAUUUAUAAAGCCCUAGUGUGGGAGAAGACAUGGCAGCACAACCUCAUUUCCUUUGUACCUGCUAAUAAUUAA